AUGUCGACCCGCGCCAUCCGCGCCUGCGACGGCUGCCGCGUCCGCAAGGUCCGCUGCAACGGCGCGCAGCCCUGCUCCCAGUGCGCCCACCUGAACCUGGCCUGCAAGUUUGCGCCGCCCCCGGCUAAGCGCAAGCCGGGCGUGCGCGGGCGUCUCGUCGCGCAGCUUCGCCAGGAGCAGUCCAGCGGCGGCGGCGGCGGCGUCGGCGACGGCAGCAACGGUGGCAGCAACAAGACCUCGCCGCUGACGAGCGGCUCCGUCGCCUCGAGCAGCCCGCUCAGCGCCAGCGACGCCUCCCCGCCCGCCGUCACCUCCAUCGCCGGCAUCGUCAACUCGGACCCCCACGCCGAUACCGCUCUCACCACCGCCGCCGCCUCCCCGUCCCUCCCCGCGACGCCCUCGCCCACCGCCGCCGCCGCCCACAGCAGAAGCAGUGUCUGGCCGCACCACACCGUGCACUACUUUCUCGGCUACCUCGCGCUGUACGAGGAGCAAAUCUACCCCGUCAACCCGGUCCUGACCUGCGACGAGAUGCGCGCCGCCGUCCACAACAUGAACGCCAGCCUGCAGGACCGCGCCCUCGUCUACGCCUUUGCCGCCGUCACCAUCAACCUCACCCAGACGCUCCUCACCGCCGCCACCGACACCCUGACCGAGAUCGCCACCCUCAUGAACCUCGCCAUCCAGGUCCACCGCCAGGCCGAGACGCGCCGCGACAACAGCACCGCCUGGACGAGACCCGACGCCGGGCCCUCGGCCGCCAGCGUCAAGUUUGGCGAGCUCCCCGUCAACUUCAAGCGCGUCAUGACGUGCGUCUUUCUCGAAAUCUGCAUGAUGGCCUUUAAGCGCUGGGACCGCAGCCUCAUGCUGCUCCGCGAAGCCAUCACCAUGAUCCAGGUCCUCAACGUCCAGCAGUACGAUUCCCUGCCUUUUGACGGCCUGCAAAUCGACGACUUUGACGGCCAGAACAGCAGCAACACCACCACAACCCACGCCAGCUAUCCCAAUCCCGCCGACGCCACCGUGCACACCGGCAUGCGGCCCCGCGACGUCUUUCGCCUGCGCCGCGUCUACUGGGAGCUGUACAUUCACGAGCGCUUCCUCUCCACCAUCACGGGCUUCCCCUGCGUGCAGCGCGCCCUGGCGGCCGUGCCGCUCCACGACCCCUCCAUCUCGCCCCACGUCGACCUCGGCUUCAACCGGCUCGUCAACCUGUUCCGCGUCCUCGACGGGCCCUUUCUCGCGCACUGGACCGCCCACAAGGACCCGACGCUGCGGCUGCCCGCCCCCGCCAUGACGGCCCAGUGGGUCGAGAGCAAGCAGGCCGAGCUCGACCGCGACGAGGACGGCGCCGCCGCCGCCGAGCACCGCCUCACCCUGCGCGACCCGGCCGCCGCCCGCCCGCGCUUCACCGAGGUCCAGCACGUCGACCUCUUCGUCACCCGCGUCUGGCUGCGCACCCUCGUCUGGCAGUUCGCCCUGCAUCACGGCCUGCUGCGCUCCGCGCCCCCGCGCGACACACACGAGGGCCUGUCCCUGCACUUCCCCGCCCAGCGCCUGUCCAGCCAGCUCCGCGCCCUCGUCGCCCGCCUCGGCAACGUGUCCAGCAUCGUCACCCACGGCUCCGGCAUCCUCCACAAGCUCUUUGAAAUCACCUCGACCGUCGCCGACGUCCUCGCCCUGCCCCUCGGCCCCGGCCAGACCGAGGAGGAGGCCCGCGCCCGCCUCCAGGACUUUGCCUUUCUCGUCCGCUUCCUCUUUAGCUUUGAGCGCAUCGAAAAGACCCAGCGCGACUACCUGCGCGAGAAGCUCGGCGUUCUCGGCCGCCAGUACACUAUUGUCGACUUUGCCAGCUUGGCGGGGAAGAGCCCCCAUGCGUGA